AGUCGGGCAAAUCAGGAGUUGCAUUUAGAGAACAGCGAACAAUAAUCCUUGUUAUCUCUAUCAAUCCGUCAAAAUGCAACUGUCCGAGGAAUCCAAGGAGCGUAUUGGCAAGCUCAUUGAGGCCAGCCGUGUCGCAAUCCACUACGGCUACCUUCCCUUGAUUGUCUACCUUGGCUACAUUAACAGCGAGCCUCGACCGGCGCUCAUCAGAUUAUUCUCUCCUCUUGCCUAAACACAAUGCGUAUCCAAAGAGAAUCUCCAAGUUGAUGCGCAACGCUGAGAGGGUAAUCGCGGACCCUCAAGGAUGGAGGCGGCGCACUGGACUUGACGGACUCAAGAUGGACUUUGGAAGGUCCAUGGACAGAGUGCCCCUGGAAUUAUAGGUAGUAGGUAUUAUUUGGGGCUGUCCGGCAAACAGGGAUGCAUCCAAAUCAUUCACCGUACAAAGGUGUUCUCCAUGUAACAUUAGUGAAUUUUUUUCUUCAAAGCGAAAUCUUUUCUCACCAUGCACAUAAAUAAAUAAAAUAAACUGGACCUGGCUUGAUCGGAAA